UUCCUAUCGACCUGGGCCUGGACGACGAGAUGUUCCUCAUGAAUCGCCGGCUGCUCCAGCUUCUCGCGUGGCUCGUCGCAGGCUUUGAUGACCCCGCUGCGUUACUCUCGUACGUCACGUGGCACGUGGCGCGGCAUCUCGCGCCCAUGACGUCGUACCCGCUGUCGCACGCCCAGUUCGCCGACACUUCCAGUGAGCUGGGUUCUCGGAGCGCCUACACCGCCACGCUGGGCUACAUGAUUGGCCGCUGUUACGUGGACGCCGACUCCAGGAUGCCGUUCGCCUUCGCGCGUGUCUUCACGCAGCGCUGGCUGCCCCCGCAGACGGUGCAGAACGUGAGUGCCAUGCUGUCUCGCAUCCGGGCAAUGGCGAACGCCACAAUGGCCGCCGUGUCCUGGAUGGACGAGGAGACCAAGCGAGCUGCGUUCGAGAAACUGGCCACGUUGCGCUCCAUCGUCGGCAGUCCCGAGGGCAUGUCCUCGGACAGUGCCCUCUGGUCGCUGUACCCGUACGUGCCCGAUUUGAGCGGCUCGUACCUGCAGAUGGUUCUAUCGUUGCACGUCGCGGAGCUGCGUUACGCCAAGAGCUUCCUGCGCUCCGCUAACGGCUCAGAAGCAUCGUCUGGCGAACGGGUCAACGUGCCGCUGACUCUGGUCAACGCCUUCUACCUGCCCGUGUACCACGUGGUGGUCAUACCAGCGGCCAUCCUGUACCCGCCCUUCUACAUCACCUCGCACCCGGCAUCGUACAACUACGGCAGCCUCGGCCACGUGUUGGGCCACGAGCUGACGCACGCGUUCGAUCCGGACAUGGGUCUCUACGGCCGCGACGGACUGCGCCACGACUGGUGGACUCCGGCGUCGCGCAGAAUGUUCGAAGCGAAGCUGGCCUGCCUGCGCAGGCUGUACAACGAGAUCCCCUGGUCCGGGGGCGUCAACUUCGGCGACCACGCGCUGUCCGAGAACUUCGCCGACAGCGGUGGCGUGCUCAAGGCGUACCGGGCUUUCAAGGCUGCGCCCAAGGUGGUCGUGGGGAACCAGCGUGGCGAAGACGAGGCGGCUGCGUCGCGGGCGCUAUCCCGGUUCAGCGCCGAGCAGCUGUUUUUUGUCAGCAGCUGCUUCAAGUGGUGCUCCCGGGACGAGAAGCAGAGCCCCGGCUGGUACUCGCCUCCGCGCAUGCGCUGCAAUGUUCCCCUGCUCAACAUGCCCGAGUUCGCCGAGGCGUUUGAGUGCGGCGCGGGAAAGACGAUGAACCCGGCGACUCGUUGCGACUUUAUGUGACCGUCGCGCUUUCCGAAGCCAUCGCUUUCGCUCCGCAUGUCUCUCGUGCGCCUUUUUAUAGUUCGCAACGGACAGAACCUUAAUGUGUAUUUUUUUCUUCACCCUAAUCGCGCAAAAUUGGAAAAGAAAUAGAAAUCGA